AUGGACUCUGUAGUCUGUCGCAUUAUGUUGAAACGCAUUUCUCUGCAAAAAUGCAAACUUUGGAAUAAAACACCAUUUGACUUGGGCUAUCCCAUUUUAUCUUCCGAGCUUCAGGAAGAGAAGCAUCGCAUCCACAAACUACUUUUCGGCUCUCAAGACCUAGAGUAUGUAGACACAAACAGCUCCAUUUAUCGAGAGUUUGUCCAUCAUCAACCAACCAAACUAAGUGGUUUUGACUUGUUUAGUCAACAAGCUCAAUUGCUAGCUAAACAGAAACACAAGAGGCUAUGGAAGAACCUUUCUGACGACACAAAACAAAGUUUUGAUACCAUGAAAAAUGAUAUUUAUUUGCAUCUGUUGAGAAUAUGGAGAGGAUACGAAGUGGUGGAGUAUAUAAAACGGUACGAGAAUAAGCACAGAUUCAAUCCGUAUCCAUUACUGGGUCUAUAUCCUUGGGAAAUCAUAAAAGACAAACUUCGAGCCAAAAAAUCACCGCAUGAAUUUGAAAGAGACUACUACGAUAACUUGAUACCAGAGUCGUUCAAUCGUCGGUUCAUGAGGCCAGAAACACUUUUUCGUGCUCAAGAUGGACACGGUCUGUUUAGGGAGCUACUGGUCGAAGAAAAAGAGCAGUUUGUGAGCCUUGCUGAUAGACGAAACAAGUUCAUCAUGAGCACUUCAAGACUUCCUAAAUAUUCUAGCGGGUACCUGAAUUUUUAUAAGCAGAACUAUAGCGACUACCUUCCUUCACCAGAAGAAAUCAGGCAAGUUCCCGAUGGAAAAUUGAGUGUCCACCAACGAAAGAAUGCAGCAGUUUCAAUUGCUGCUGCUAAUCAUUGGAAAGGACUCUCUGACCAUGAAAAAGUCCAGUACAGCCCGCAAGAUAAGAGAAUUUACUCUCACAAAUACAAGCAUGAAAUCCUCGAUUGGAAAACAUCAAUGGUGAUGGACUACAUUUACUCAGUGGGAAGAGUACGUCAUGCCUCAUUAUCGUACAAUUGGCGUAAUGAUAUCAAAGGAAAAUUUGGUGACUGGCAUUACCUUGAAAGAGCCUACACCGACCGUCUUAUAUAUAUAGAGAAUGGCAACUUGCACAUAGACAGACUUUCAUAG